UCGGACACUGUUCGAUUACAAGUUGUUAACGAUACGGCGACGGUGACGACGACUACGACGACGGUGACCACCGAAGAGUACCCCUGCAAACAUAUAUACAUAUCAUCAGUUACAGACAUAUAAAAUCAAUAUCAAUCUCGUCACCGACUCGCAGAUCUCGUCCGAAACCGUAUCGCGGAGACCUGCACCAAAGGUAGUCUAAGUAUAAACAUUUGGCCGAAAUUCAGAUCGCAAUAACAGAAAUGGCCACAAAAACCUUAUUGUUACCCACACCGGACAAGUUGAAGGAAAUUUACCAGGACCUAGGCACGACCGAAGAAAAGGUUAACGCUGACGUUCUGACCAUCAUGGAAUGGAUGCGUAAACAGCCACAUCUCCCUAACCCCGACGUUGAUGAACGAAGAAUUCGUUUGUUCUUAAUUCUAUGCAAAAACAGUUUGGAGAGGACCAAAGAGUCUUUGGAUCAAUAUUAUACAUUAAAGUCAAUGGUUCCAGAAUUUUUCGGUAACAGAGAUCCUACGGCUGAACCACUCUUGAGAUCGAUGAAAACAUCGCUUUUCAUUCCUUUGCCAAAACUGACGCCAGAAGGCUACAGGAUCUCAUUAAGUCGUAUCAGAUGCCCAGAAAUCGAUAAUUUCGAAUUCGCGGACUACGUCAAGGUCAACUUUAUGUCCAUCGAUAUUAGACUGUCUAAAUUAGAUAUGUUCAAAAAGGAAAUAUUCGUCUUCGACUUAAAAGAUAUCACCAUGGCUCAUCUGACCGCUAUGCUACCUCAAAUGAAGAAGUUCGUUUACUGUGCAACAACGGCCUAUCCGUUACGGAUUCAAGAAAUCCACAUACUAAACAUGCCGAGCUACGCUCAAACGAUGGUCAACAUGGUUUUGGGUGUUUUGAAAAAGAAAAUUGCCAACAGAAUUAAAAUCCACAACGGAAUUGAAGACCUGAAGAAGCACAUUGGUUCGGACAUCCUUCCACUGGACUAUGGUGGUUCAUUCCCAAAAACUAGCGAAGAAUUAAUCGUUGACUGGCAGGAAGAAUUGAUGAAACACAGAGAUUGGUAUCUGUCUCAAAAUUCGGUUAUUUGUGAUGAAAACAAAAGAACAAAGAAACCCUGCGUUAAGGUGAACAUGCUGGCUGGAGUUGAAGGCUCAUUUAGAAAGCUCGAAGUAGACUAAAAUUUGUGUGUUUCAUAUUUCAUAGAAAUAAUGUUUUUUUUUUAGUUAGUGAAUUGAUUUAUUUUUAUUUUAAUUUUAAGUUAAUCCGACAUAGACUCAAUAGGUUAUAUAUACAGUGUUUAGUUUUGGUCGGCGAUAAAAACUUGUGUUUUUUUUUUUUUUUAUGUACUUUAUGCAUAAUGGUGUAAGUCAAUCUUUCAUUAUAUUUUAAAUAGUAACUGUACAAUUGUAUGUGAAAAAAAAUAUAGUUUAUACUAUUCUUAAC